AUGCGUGUAAAGCAGGCCUUCGUAGGUGCUCAAUGCACUGUGCAGCUCAAUUGUCGGCCUCUUCUACAGUAUCGGGAGAUUUUUUCUCAAUUUACAUCCCAACGCUUCAACAGUCAUGUUGCUCAAACCGAUCGACGCGUCCGUGUGGCCAUCGUGGGCUCCGGCCCAGCGGGAUUCUAUGCAGCCUAUCGUCUUUUGACUAAACAGAAAGAUGCAAUAGUUGAUAUGUAUGAGAAGCUACCUGUGCCAUUCGGCUUGGCUAGGUACGGUGUUGCCCCGGACCAUCCCGAAGUCAAGAAUUGUGAAGAUAAGUUCACAGAGGUGGCUAAGUCCACGCGCUUCAAUUUUGUCGGUAAUAUCGACCUCGGACAUGAUCUCCCGCUCGCUGCCCUCAAACCACACUACGAUGCCAUCAUAUUCGCCUACGGUGCCACCAAAGAUAAGGAACUGGGGAUCCCCGGAGAAGAAGCUCUGCAUAACGUGCACUCAGCCCGUGCCUUUGUGGGGUGGUACAAUGGUCUUCCAGAGCACAGAGAUCUCGAUCCAGACCUAAGCGGAGAGAACGCCGUUAUUGUGGGACAAGGCAACGUUGCACUAGACGUUGCCCGGAUUCUUCUUUCAGAUGUCGCUACCCUCCAAAAGACGGACAUCGCAGAUUACGCUGUGGAAAAACUCUCCAAAAGUCGCAUCAAGCGAGUACGAGUUGUUGGGCGCCGCGGACCCUUACAGGCUUCAUUUACUAUCAAAGAGCUCCGUGAAAUGCUACAGCUACCAGGUGUAUCCUUUGAUCCCAUUCCAGAAGAUAUCUUUCCGCCGGAAGAAGUGGUGUCGGCACUGCCCCGAGCGCAGAAGCGUCUAAUGCAACUCUUGGCUAAAGGAUCAGCCAAUGAUCCUCUGACAGCCCCAAAGUCUUGGUCUCUGGAUUUCUUACUUGCGCCCGAUUCUCUUCACUGGUCGCCUGAUUACCCAUACCAUCUUUCCCAUGUAAAGUUCUCUCGCAACGAGCUCGACCCAUCCGACCCCCACAGCCCCAGCACCAAGGUGUUUCCAAAGCACUUAUCGAGCGGAAAGCGUGCACAGGUCAAUCUUCCAACUAGCAUCUUCUUCCGCAGUGUGGGCUACAAAUCCCUCCCUCUUCCAGGGCUAGAAGAUCUUGGUAUCGACUUCGAUACGCGACGCGGUAUCAUCCCUAAUGAUGGAUUUGGCCGCAUAAUAAGCUUUUCUAGCAAGGGCGAGCCUGAAAGUUUACCUGGUGGUUCUCUUAUCUCCUACCUACCCGGUCUGUACUGUGCUGGCUGGGUGAAGCGAGGCCCGACGGGUGUAAUUGCUUCGACGAUGACCGAUGCAUUCACUACUGCAGACACCAUUGUGCAAGAUCUGACAAAACGUGCCGACUCAACGUCCUUGCUUCAUGCACCCGAUCACAGUAGCGGUCUAGGCUGGGACGGAGUGAAAAUCGAGGCCCAGCGCCGUGGUCUACGUCCCACGUCGUGGAAAGACUGGCAGCGAAUCGACGCAGCAGAGCGAGAGGGUGGCCAGCUCAGGGGCAAGCCUCGAGAUAAAUUUGGGCGUGUAGAAGAAAUGUUGAGGGUGCUUGAUUGA